AUGAAUGAAGAUGAGAAAAGCAAAAGGGUUGCUUGGAAGCAGAUAGAGAGCAUUUCAGAAAUCAAAAUGAAAGUUGGGUUAAAAAGUACCAAAGCUCGAAGCUUUUGCAUGGUCUCGGUUGCCUCGCUCUUUGCCAUGUUUUUAGUGAGGGAUGUGGUAAUUCACAGGGAAGGUGAGAGAGAUGGUGGCAUUGCAGAGAUGUUUUUCUCCAAAGGAAACAGAACAUUGAUAACCUCAAGGAAGCUGCUGCAAUCUUCUGAUGAAGGGGACAUGAACCAUAUAGGCAUGGCGUGCUCAAAGGACGACAUAGUGGUAUAUCAAGGGGAAUUGCCUCCUCUUCCCAGUGGGAUUCCGUCGUACACAGUUCAAAUAAUGAACAUGUGCGCCAGUGAUUGCGACAUAGCAAAUAUACGCCUUCGUUGUGGGUGGUUCAGCUCAGCACGUUUGAUAAACCCCAAAGUGUUUCGUAGAGUUGGAUACGAUGAUUGCCUCGUCAAUGAUGGGAAAGCCCUUGACUCAGGAAAAACCAUCUCCUUUCAGUAUGCCAACACUUUUCGCUACCCUCUCUCCGUUUCAUCUGUUGUUUGCUCCACAUGA